GAGAGCCUCGUUGUGUGUAUCAGGAGGGCGAUCGGUGUAUGUGUGUCAGGUUGGAUCAGUGUAUGUGUGUGUGUUUCAGGGAGUCAUUGAUUGUGUGUGUGUGUGUCGUGUGUGUGUGUGUGUGUGUCAGCGGGGGUCCGGUCUGUGUGUAUGUGUUUAUAUGUAGAAGCUAAGGGUGAGGCGUCUGCAUCCAGUCUCGUUUGUGUGUGUGUGUGUGUGUGUGUGUGUGUGUGUGUGUGUGUGUGUGUGUGUGUGUGUGUGUGUGGUGUGUGUCAUGUUGGAUACGUGCAUGUGUGAGUGUCAGCGUGCGGGCUGCUUGCUGUAAUCAGGCCAUGGACUGCAGCUUGUCCGCCACCUCGGGAGGAGGCACCGCGAGCCGGAAAGACGACGGCGCGUGAACCGACCGAGAGCAUAAAGAAGGCGCGUGGUCGGGGCUUGUUGCCGUUCGUUCCCACAGAGCCGCAGUCCACUCGGAGUCGCGUGUGAUUUGGAAUUGGUGUGCGUGUGCAGCGGUUUUCUACAGUCCGUGGUGUGAACCGGGUUCCGAACCACCAGGCCAGCUUCAGUCACCCAGCAGCCGGCUAACAACUCCUCCACUCGGCUCCCCUAGCAGACAUGUCCCCGUCCCUGGUGUGGCUCUCCUUGGCACUGCCGACGCUGCUGUGCCUCUUACACGGCGCUCCUGUACAGGGGGCGACUCCGGAGUGUGAGGCCAACCAGUUCCAGUGUGGGAACGGCCGCUGCAUCCCGUCGGUGUGGAAGUGUGACGGCGACCCAGACUGUACGGACGGCAGCGACGAGACCUCCUGUGAGAAGCUGACCUGUGCGGAUUCUGACUUUGUGUGCACUAAUGGCCAGUGUGUCCCCAAGCGCUGGCACUGUGACGGAGAGCCAGACUGUGAGGAUGGCUCUGACGAGAGCUCGGAGAUCUGCCACAUGCGGACGUGUCGUGUGAACGAGUUCAGCUGCGGGGCCAACCAGUGUAUUCCUGUCUUCUGGAAGUGCGACGGGGAGAGCGACUGUGAUAAAGGAGACGAUGAAGUCAACUGCAGCAACAUCACGUGCGCGCCCAACGAGUUCACGUGCGCGAGCGGCCGCUGCAUCUCCCGCAACUUUGUGUGCAACGGCGAGGACGAGUGCGGCGACGGCAGCGACGAGGUGGGCUGUGCUCCGUCCUCCUGCGGGCCCAGCGAGUUCCAGUGCGGCAACGCCUCCUGCAUCCCCGUCAGCUGGGUGUGUGACGAGGACGUCGACUGCCAGGACCAAUCGGACGAGUCCCACACCCGCUGCGGCCGGCACCCGACCCCCCCUGCCAGGUGCUCCUCCAGUGAGAUGCAGUGCGGCUCAGGGGAGUGCAUCCACAGGAAGUGGCGAUGCGACGGGGACAGCGACUGCAAGGACGGUAGCGACGAAAGCAACUGUCCUGUGCGUACCUGUGGGGCUGACCACUUCAAGUGUGACGAUGGCGGCUGUAUCCCUGGCAACCGCCAGUGUAAUGGUCUGCGAGAGUGCACUGACGGCUCAGACGAAAACAACUGCAAAAACGUGACCCAGUGCAGCGGGCCAGAGAAGUUCCGCUGUCGCAGUGGGGAGUGCAUCGAGAUGACCAAGGUGUGCAACAAGGCCCGGGACUGUCCCGACUGGAGCGACGAGCCCAUCAGCGAAUGCAGUGUGAACGAGUGUCUGCUGAACAACGGCGGCUGCUCCCACAUGUGUAAGGACAUGGUGAUCGGCUUCCAGUGCGACUGCACCCCCGGCCUGCAGCUCAUCGACCACAAGACCUGCGGAGACAUCAACGAGUGUGUGAACCCUGGCAUCUGCAGUCAGAUCUGCAUCAACCUGAAGGGAGGCUACAAGUGUGAGUGUCACAACGGCUACCAGAUGGACCCCACCACGGGGGUCUGCAAGGCUGUGGGCAAGGAGCCCUGCCUGAUGUUCACCAACCGCCGGGACAUCCGGCGGCUGGGCCUGGAGCGCCGGGAGUACACCCAGGUGGUGGAGCAGCAGAGGAACACGGUGGCACUGGACGCAGACUUCAACCAGCAGACCAUCUUCUGGGCGGACCUGGGCCAGAAGGCCAUCUACAGCACGGUUCUGGGCAAGAAGGCGGAGCAGGGUAUCCACACCAUGGUCAUCGACAACAUGCAGACGCCCGUGGGCAUCGCCGUUGACUGGAUCUACAAAAACAUCUACUGGUCCGACCUGGGCACCAAGACCAUCGCCGUGGCGACCUUCAACGGCACCAGGCAGAAGGUUCUGUUCAGCAGUGGUCUGAAGGAGCCCGCCUCCAUCGCUGUGGACCCGCUGUCUGGAUUCCUGUACUGGUCUGACUGGGGGGAACCAGCGAAGAUAGAGAAGUCGGGGAUGAAUGGAGCCGGCCGACGGACCCUGGUGGAGACGGACAUCCAGUGGCCGAACGGCAUCACCCUAGACCUGAUCAAGGGCCGGCUGUACUGGGUGGACUCCAAGCUGCACAUGCUGUGUAGCGUGGACCUGAACGGGGACAACCGGCGGAAGGUCCUGCAGUCCUCAGAGUUCCUGGCUCACCCCUUUGCCCUCACCGUGUUCGAGGACCGCGUGUUCUGGACGGACGGGGAGAACGAGGCCAUCUACGGAGCCAACAAGUUCACGGGCUCUGACGUGGUGACGCUGGCCAGCAACCUGUACGACCCCCAGGACAUCAUCGUCUACCACGAGCUCAUCCAGCUCUCCGGUCCCAACUGGUGUACAGAGAAGGGGGAGAAUGGGGGCUGUGCCUACCUGUGUCUCCCCGCCCCCCAGGUGAAUAAGCACUCCCCCAGGUACACCUGCGUGUGUCCCCAGGGCCAGGAGCUGGCGGAGGACGGACUGCGCUGCCGACCAGAGUCCGCCCCCGCCCCGGCCUCUGAGGAUGCUGGUAGAGGUGGGACCAGCCCCGCCCCAGAAGCCAACGUGAGCACAUCCAUCCACGAGGUUGAUUCUGCAAACAGAGCGUCAACUGCUGCAUGGGCCAUCCUACCUGUUUUGUUGUUGUCGAUGGCGGUUGCCGGAGCUUACCUGAUGUGGAGGAACUGGCAGCUGAAGAACCAGAAGAGCAUGAACUUUGACAACCCGGUGUACCUGAAGACCACCGAGGAGGACCUGAGCAUCGACAUCAGCCGACACGGAGCUAACGUAGGACACAAUGUAGGACACAACGUGGGACACACCUACCCAGCAAUAUCUAUAGUGAGCACAGAGGAUGACUUGUCCUGAUCGUUUCCAUGGCAACCACCAACACCCACCCCUACCCCGUCCAGCCCCAUCCCCUGUGCUCCGGGUGUUGCAUGGCGCCCCUGGCGUUUCCAUGCGGUCCGCGGCAACAGCAGCCAGACCUUAUCGCGGGACCGCAGGCCCUCUGAAGUGCAUUACGUCAUUGCUCCAGAUGGUCGCAGGAGGGGGUGGGGGGGUAUUUAUUAUGUGAAUAUUAUAAUGAAAUGGUGUCCAGUAUGUUUUCGCACAGUGUCGGGUUGGGGGUGGGGGGGGAAUCUUGCGCUAUUUGUGCCAGCGAUGACGGCCAAUGAGAGGGGAGCAGAAGAACAGUCUGGCCAAUGAGCUGUGAGCAGAACGGUGUGUGCUCACUUUGUCUAGUGGUCCAGCUGGUCUCCUAAACACCCUCCCUGACUAGGAUGGGCCACAUCUUCCUUCUGCUGUCGGGGGCUCGCUGCUGUUAAGGGUGUGGGUGCGGAGUCUGAAGGUAUAAACAGGAUAACCCCUGGAGAGGAGAGGGGAGGGCUGGUUGGGUGGCUUUAGUUAGUUCAGAUUUCUUUCCAACAUUAUUUGUGUCGGAUCACAUUCGGACCAAACAAGGUUGAAAACAAAUGAGGCGUCCUAAUUAAACGGCCUGGUCUGGUUGGAGCGAGAUGACCCAGACCCCCCUGAUCAGCCAGUCAACCCUCGCUCUGACAACCAAACCUGUAUUAAUAUUUAUGUUUGUUUGGACAAUGUCGUGCGAAGAUGUACAUUAAUUUAUUAUCCGGUUUUUGUUUUCAUUUUCUUAAUGAACCAUUACUUCCUGACAGACGUUAUCUUGUGGGACGAGGUGUUAGUUUUCUUUUCACUGUUAAUAAUUAUGUAUUAUCGAAAAUGUGCGAGUUGCCAUGGUUACAGCGUUUUGUACAUUCUAUACAUUUAAUCCCAUAAUCCUCUGACAUGACAGCCGAUCAGGACUCCCUUUCUCUCAAUGCACUUUGAUCAAAUGUUCCUUCUGUAAAUAAGAUUGUAUACAUUUGACUUGAGAUAAUUUUUUGCUAUGGUUGGGUACAUUACCAGGGUUAUAAGUAUUUAACAAACGAGAUAUUAAAAUGUCAAAGAAACUAGACCGAAUUUGUUAAAAGAUAUUUUGUAUGUUUGUGUGCUGUUGUACGUUUUUCUAGCCUUGUACAGUCUGGGGAAUUAAGAUUUAAACACACUGUAUCUGUCAACAAGCUGAUUUGAAAAUCAAAAUUCAAAAUAAAAGCUGAGCUACAGUUCAUCUGAAA